AUGGUGCAAAAGCUCAAGCUUGCUAGCCCAGUCAAGUUCUACGGCAACAGCCUCCCCCGCCCCCGGAUCUACACCGACGUCAAGUUCAACGACCACCGAGUCGAUCCGCCUGUUGCCGUCCUUGACCCUCUGCUCUCGUGGGCCAACGAAGCUCACUGGUCCAUGGGCGGCCUCAGUUUCAAGCGCCUAAGGCUCCAGGGCCGUAUUGAAGGCAACGUCGGCAAGCUCCGCGUGCAGCGCGAGAAGACCGAGAGGAAGAGGCAAAAACUCGAGAAAUCCGCAAAUGGGUCGGCCUCAAAUCAGUCCAAUAGCAAGAGGGCUGCCUCUGAUUCGCCUCCUCCGGCUCCGAUUACGACGAAGCGCAGGAGAUUCUUGGAUCUGAUCGAUGAAGAUGAUGAAGAUGGUAACGAUGCGGUUGAGGUGGAGCAUGAGGUUGAGGCUGUGAAGGGGAAGAGGCUCGUGAAGAAUCUCUCCGAUGCCUUUGAUAAGGUGGCUAUGGAGGGCGAGAGAGGCAACAGCCUGAGCCCAUCGAAGGGUUUGGGUGGUGGAUCUGAGGGAAUUGCUACAAGAACUCGGAGUCGGAGAUCGGAUGAAGAUGAGGCUGCAGAGACUGUAUUGAAGGUGGCAGAGGAGGUAAAUAAGUUGAGUUUCAAGGACAAAAAGUUGAAGGGCAAAAGCAAGGGAAAAGAGAACAAGCAGCAGACCGGGUCUAGCAAUGUAAAUGGGACUAGGACUUCGCCCAGAUUGGCAAACCGUAGCUAA